AUGCCUGCGUCCAUGACCUCAUUAUUAACCGACUCCUCUGUGACAGGGUCAUUGUCAAGGCUUAAACAGCGAUCAGUCUCUGAAACUUGCCUUCCCUUCCUCACAAUUGGUGGUGUAGACUGCGCUGACACCUUCGAUCUCAGCGCUUUGAACGCUGCGGUGUCGAAGAUGGAUGAUUUAACACUGCAAAUGGAGAAUAAACAGUCCUUCCUCCAGGAGUUGAAACAGCACUACCAAUGCCUGAUUGAGAACACGGACAAAUUUGCCCAGCAUGAAGCGAAGUUGCAGCAUGUCGAAACCCAAUUUGGCAAAGUGAAAAGAUGGCUCUCUAGUUGUGCUCGUAGUGUCAACACCCAUCGGGAAGUCAUUAAUGCGCUACGGACUCUUGAAGAUGAGAACCAGUGGAUAGCGCAGAAACAGACUCAGCUGAGUAAUGACAACAUGGCGCUCUCCUUUUUGGAAGUCCAGAAAUUGCUCAGUAGGCAUCAAACUGUUACUGCUGAGGUGGAGCACCGGACUGUCAGGAAUUCGUCACUUAUAAAAACUGCUAUGGAGUGGCUACGUUUGGGAGAAGUUCUGCAGCUUCCGGCGUUUCACUCAGCUAAAGAGGAUGCCUACUGUGUGGCCUUCAUAACAUCACAUCGAGAUCUUUCAAAAGAGCUCCUAACAAAGACCAGCGAAUUGGUGUUUCGGCAAGCCGUAGUACAUCGAGAAAUCGGUGUGCGGCUCUCUGUCCUUUACCAUUGGCAAGCCUGGUUCGUUCAGCACAUGGAUCUUUUAGAACUCUACAACUGGCUAAUAGAGACGGAGUCUAGUAUAAUGACGGAAUGCCAUGCGGCUCGCGGACUUGCCUCGGCUUAUGCUGCCAUCAAGAAGCAUUCAGUAAUUGAAGCCAUUGUCUCAGGAUUUCAGGCACCCAGACUUCGACAUCUAAUCGGAUAUUUUACAGGCACUCGAACCACCGAUCUGUUAGAAGCAACUAUGACUAUGAUAGCGGCUAAGCAGAAGAAGUUGUCACAUUACUUGGAUCCUACCGACCCUUUCGUUACCACAGACAAAACACUCAAGGCAAAGGCACAUCGGCAUAAACUACGCCGACAAAUCCACAUCCUUGAAAGAUCAUAUGAUAAACUUCACUGCGCACAGGCCUCGGUACAGAAACAAUUUACGGGUCUUCGUGAUCUAGUGAUGGAGAAAAAGCAUCGAUUGUACGAACUACUUGCUUUGAAUAGACUCUACGAGGAAGUCAGCGAUGUAGAGGAAUGGAUCUGGGGCAGAAUGAGAGAAACUCUGACCGACAACACGGGAAAAGAUUUGUACGAGUGGACCCGCCUGCAACGCGACUUCUGUGACGUUCAGCGAAACCUAAUUCGUGGCGGGGCCACAGAUCAACUAGUACAUGAGGGCUUGACCUCCGUGCCCAGAUUACCUGCAGAUUUUGCACUACUCAGUCAGUUGCCACCAUUGUCCGAUAGUCCGGAGCGUCUAGUUCGUGCUAUUAUGGUGUGUCGACAGUUGAUCUCCUUGAAGCAUUCCGAUGCUCCUCUAAUUGCUCAAUGGCAAGACCGUCUAAAUGAGGAUUGGUGUGAGUUGAGAGAACUUCUGCAAACCCGAGGCGUAUUGCUUAAAAAUGCUGGAAAUCGGCUGCUCUUCCUUCGUCGUUGUGAGGAGGCGAUAGCCGAUUUACGUGAAAAAAUGGACAGUUUGCCUGCGAUAGUGAGUGCCGAUUCACAGGCCUUGGCACGUCAGCAACGCCAACACGCGAAUAUACGCCGGUCAGUGAUUCCCAUCGGUAAACGGGUAAGGUACCACCCAUUUUUGUGUCUUCAGCUAAAAGACGGAAAAAUGAGGUGA